UCCCUGCGCCACUGGCCAGCUCCCUGCACCACUGGCCAGCUCCCUACACCACAGACCACUGGCCAGCUCCCUACACCACAGACCACUGGCCAGCUCCCUACACCACUGACCACUGGCCAGCUCCCUGCGCCACUGGCCAGCUCCCUGCACCACUGGCCAGCUCCCUACACCACUGACCACUGGCCAGCUCCCUACGCCACUGGCCAGCUCCAGCUCCCUACACCACUGGCCAGCUCCCUACACCACUGGCCAGCUCCCUACACCACUGGCCAGCUCCCUACACCACAGACCACUGACCAGCUCCCUACACCACUGACUACUGGCCAGCUCCCUACGCCACUGGCCAGCUCCCUGCGCCACUGGCCAGCUCCCUGCACCACUGGCCAGCUCCCUACACCACAGACCACUGGCCAGCUCCCUGCACCACUGGCCAGCUCCCUACGCCACUGGCCAGCUCCCUACGCCACUGGCCAGCUCCCUACGCCACUGGCCAGCUCCCUACACCACUGGCCAGCUCCCUACACCACUGGCCAGCUCCCUACGCCACUGGCCAGCUCCCUACGCCACUGGCCAGCUCCCUGCACCACUGGCCAGCUCCCUGCACCACUGGCCAGCUCCCUGCACCACUGGCCAGCUCCCUACACCACUGGCCAGCUCCCUACACCACUUGCCAGCUCCCUACGCCACUUGCCAGCUCCCUACGCCACUGGCCAGCUCCCUACGCCACUGGCCAGCUCCCUACACCACUGGCCAGCUCCCUGCACCACUGGCCAGCUCCCUACGCCACUGGCCAGCUCCCUACGCCACUGGCCAGCUCCCUACGCCACUGGCCAGCUCCCUGCGCCACUGGCCAGCUCCCUGCGCCACUGGCCAGCUCCCUACGCCACUGGCCAGCUCCCUACACCACUGGCCAGCUCCCUACGCCACUGGCCAGCUCCCUGCGCCACUGGCCAGCUCCCUGCGCCACUGGCCAGCUCCCUACACCACAGACCACUGGCCAGCUCCCUACACCACAGACCACUGGCCAGCUCCCUACACCACUGACCACUGGCCAGCUCCCUACACCACAGACCACUGGCCAGCUCCCUACACCACUGACCACUGGCCAGCUCCCUACACCACUGACCACUGGCCAGCUCCCUGCGCCACUGGCCAGCUCCCUGCACCACUGGCCAGCUCCCUACACCACUGACCACUGGCCAGCUCCCUACGCCACUGGCCAGCUCCAGCUCCCUACACCACUGGCCAGCUCCCUACACCACUGGCCAGCUCCCUACACCACUGGCCAGCUCCCUACACCACUGGCCAGCUCCCUACGCCACUGGCCAGCUCCCUACGCCACUGGCCAGCUCCCUACGCCACUGGCCAGCUCCCUACACCAACUGGCCAGCUCCCUGCACCACUGGCCAGCUCCCUACACCACUGGCCAGCUCCCUGCACCACUGGCCAGCUCCCUACACCACUGGCCAGCUCCCUACACCACUGGCCAGCUCCCUGCACCACUGGCCAGCUCCCUGCGCCACUGGCCAGCUCCCUACGCCACUGGCCAGCUCCCUACGCCACUGGCCAGCUCCCUACGCCACUGGCCAGCUCCCUACGCCACUGGCCAGCUCCCUGCACCACUGGCCAGCUCCCUGCACCACUGGCCAGCUCCCUACACCACUGGCCAGCUCCCUGCACCACUGGCCAGCUCCCUACACCACUGGCCAGCUCUCUACACCACUGGCCAGCUCCCUGCACCACUGGCCAGCUCCCUGCACCACUGGCCAGCUCCCUGCACCACUGGCCAGCUCCCUACACCACUUGCCAGCUCCCUACACCACUGGCCAGCUCCCUGCACCACUGGCCAGCUCCCUGCACCACUGGCCAGCUCCCUACACCACUGGCCAGCUCCCUACACCACUGCAGUCUGGCAGGCGGUAGUCAUGCCUAGAGAGUGAUUACAAGGUUCUAAAGGUUUUCUAGAUGUUUAAUAGAGGGGGUCUAACUGUGUGUCUCUCUAGGGAGCAGAUCAAGGAGGUGGUGAAGCUGUUAGCUCGGCUCAACGCUCUGGAUCACCUCAUCACCGUGGCAACGGAACAUGGCAUCAAGGACAUCACCCCUCUACUGGGCUCCAAGUGACAUCACUGCACCGCUGUGUGUGUGUGUAAGGACAUCUAAACCCUGCUGUUGGGUCAAACUGCAAGGCUUAUCAUAAUGGACUUUAGUGUGUGUCUGAGUGUGAGCGCUGGAGGAGUGCGUGUGUGUGUGUAUAUAUUGUGAAUAUUGUACAUGUGUGAAAAGUGUCGGAGGACUAGGAGACUAAGAAGCAUGUCUGUUGGAUCAGUAGGUCUACAGAUCACUCACUUCCUCGUCUGGAACUGCUCUACAGAGGAAUUCUGGGAGAUGUAGUUUCUCUCUACAAUCCUCAGUGGGAGAUGGAGUAGGGCUACUUUCUACGCCAGAACUACUUCAACAUGAACCACCAUCUUCCCUCGCCCACCCCCCCACCCCGAACUGAAACCUUCUUACAUGGUGUCUGUCUGUCAUAGUAUGAUCCCUCUCUCCUCCUCAUAAUGAUCAGCCAACUCCACAUGAAGAAGAUUACUUUUAUUGUCCAAUGUAGACGGAUGUCCACCUUUCUCAUCUCCUCUCACCUGCUCCUGCGUUUCGCCCUGUGCCAUGACUUCUGCUUUGCUGAUCUUCGAUCAGCUUAUUGGUUGCUGCCCUAACUUUUACCAUUUCAGGGGCUGAAUGUAACUGAUCCUAAAUCAGUAUCUAGAGGCAACUUCAUUCUGUUGACUGGCCUCUCACACAAACCCAAUUGUCCAUCACGACCCUCCUCUGAUUGGAUGAGGAUGUAGAGGGAGGAAGUGGGGUGUUUCUAUUUUAAGUUGGCUGAUUUUUUCUUUGUGUAAAUGUUUUUGAUUUGAAUAAAAAGUGUCUGUGGAAUAAAAGA